AUGCGCGCUGGCAUACUGCUUUAUGCUUUCAUUCAUUCAAGUCGGUCCUCCACUCAUCUGGCCGCUUGUGUGGCUUGCCCUUGUGCUUACCGUCAUUUUCAAUCCCAUUCCGGCAAGAACAUCCUCUGGGGUCAUUCGCGAUGGUGGCUUAUCAAGAGCGUUGCAAGACUAGGCGUUAGCGGUUUGUGGGGCGUCGAAUUCACAGAUUUCUGGCUCGGCGACCAAUUUUGCAGUCUUGCCUAUAGUUUGGGGAACCUCUACUUUGUUGGGUGUUUCUACACCCAAUAUCCUUAUGUUUCUUCCCAUGCCAAUGUGUCAUCUACGUCCGAGUCGUUGCCGUACAACAACACUAUGACAGCUCUCCCGCGCUUCUCUCAGACGUUUAGUUUGAUGCCAAGAGGCGAACUCCUUUAUUCUGCAGAUGACCCUACGCUUCAAAAAGCGUGGUUGACUUGUGGAGCGGAAAUGAAUUGGGGUUCUUACUUCGCACUUGCCAUGUUACCGUUCCUAGUGCGUUUCGUGCAGAGCAUCAGACGUUACAAGGAUUCAAAGUUACCUACUCAUCUCAUUAACGCCGGCAAGUACGGGAUGGGAAUAGUGCACUACUUCUGUUAUUACCUGUGGAGACGCGACGGAGAAUCUGACGGCGGUGCUUCUUUCGUUAUGUGGUGUUUGGCGGCAGUUGUCUAUUCACUAUAUGGGUGUGCAUGGGACUUCGCGAUGGAUUGGUCUAUCUGCAAACCCCGCGCUAAAUACCCCCUCCUCAGGCGGGACUUGGUGUACACAUCGCAGAUUCCGCUGUACUAUGUUGCUUUGGUCAUGAAUCUUGUCAUUCGUUUUCUCUGGGUCUUCUACAUACCCAGUUGGUCAUACUUCAAUCUCCGGUCAUUCAUAUGCAGCCUAAUGGAGAUGAUAAGGAGAGUUGUGUGGAAUUUCUACCGUCUCGAGAAUGAGCAUCUUGGUAACAUGGAUCAAUACCGAAUUACACGCGAGUGCCCACUGCCAUAUUCGGUCGACAAUCCUCAGCAGGAGGACGAGGAGGACGAGGAGGAUAAAGCUUAGGCUGGACCUGAAAUAACUUGUGAGAAAGCUGAGCGAAGGCAUUAUUUUCUAACCACCCAUCGUAUUAAGUUAGAUGCGCAUGAUCUACUCAGCACUGGUAAUAGAGUUAGUCAUAACAUGGGGAGCUGAUUAUGGACUAACAUCGAUACCACUCUAUGACAGACAUUUUAACACUUUUAAGGCAUUAAUCUAUACGAGUUGCAUAUGUAAGCGGUGACGAUUAUUUUUGA